AUGACAAGAGGUCAACCAGCUCAAAGUGAAUCUCCCACAUCACCCUUCCUGGGAAAUGCCUUGACGAACGUUAACUUGCGCAAAGCAUCCUACAAGUUGCCGUCAACACUGGGAUGUUCUCCAGAGGACCCAAGGGAACUGCACGAAGGUGCUGUGUUACUGAAUUUGAAGAAAAGGUUUGAACGCAAUUUGAUAUAUACUUACAUUGGAAGUAUCCUGGUGUCUGUUAAUCCAUACAAGAUGUUCAACAUCUACGGAACAGACAUGGUUCUGCAACACAAAGGGCAUGCGCUUGGAGAGAAUCCUCCACAUCUAUUUGCCAUUGCAAAUGCUUCAUACACAAAAAUGAUGGAUGCCAAAGAAAACCAGUGCAUUAUUAUCAGUGGGGAGAGUGGCUCUGGUAAAACAGAGACCACAAAGCUAGUUCUCCGGUACUUAGCCGCAAUACAUCACAAACAGAACAUCACACAGCAGGUAUGAAUUCUUGAAGCAACUCCUCUUUUAGAGUCUUUUGGAAAUGCCAAAACUGUACGGAACGAUAACUCCAGUCGAUUUGGGAAAUACAUGGAAAUAUUUAUGGAAGAAGGGGUAAUCAGCGGUGCCAUAACCUCACAGUAUCUACUUGAAAAGUCCAGGAUUGUGUUUCAGGCCAAAGAUGAAAGAAACUAUCACAUUUUUUAUGAGAUGCUUGUAGGCCUUCCUUCACAGCAGAAACAGUCUUUAUACCUUCAAGACGCAGAGACGUAUUAUUACCUCAAUCAAGGUGGAGACUGUGAGAUUGUUGGCAAAAAUGAUGGGGAGGACUUCCGCAGGCUCCUCAGUGCCAUGGAAAUACUUAACUUCAGUGCCGAAGACCAGAGUGGUAUCUUCAGGAUCCUGUCUUCCAUCCUCCACUUAGGAAAUGUCUUCUUUGAGAGAUAUGAGACUGAAUCUCAGGAAGUGGCAUCAGUUGUAAGUGCUCAGGAGAUCCGAGUGGUGGCUGAAAUUCUACAGAUUUCCCCAGAGGGUCUACAGAAGUCCAUUACUUUCAAAGUCACGGAAACAAUGAGGGAAAAGAUCUUCACCCCCUUGACUGUUGAGAGUGCAAUUGAUGCCAGAGAUGCUGUUGCCAAGAUCCUGUAUUCCCUUCUGUUCAGCUGGCUAACAGACAGAAUAAAUAGGCAGGUUUAUCCUCGGAAUGAAGCACUUUCUAUCUCCAUCCUUGAUAUCUAUGGAUUUGAGGACCUUACCUUCAACAGCUUUGAACAGCUUUGCAUAAAUUAUGCAAAUGAGUACCUUCAGUUCUUUUUCAACAGGGUCAUUUUCAAAGAAGAACAAGAUGAAUAUAACAGAGAGCAAAUCAACUGGGAAGAGGUGCCUUUCUCUGACAACCAGGCCUGCAUUGACCUCAUUGCAGCAAAGCCUCAUGGGAUACUCCGAAUUCUUGAUGAUCAGAGCGGGUUUCCACAGGCUACAGAUCAUACCUUCCUUCAGAAAUGCCACUAUCAUCAUGGCAACAAUCCACUGUAUUCCAAGCCAAAAAUGCCUCUCCCUGAAUUUACUAUCAAGCAUUAUGCUGGGAAGGUCACUUAUCAGGUUCAUAAAUUUCUGGAUAAGAAUUACGAUCAAGUUCACCAGGAUGUUCUUGACCUUUUUAUUCAGAGCAAAAAUAAGAUGGUUGCCUAUCUCUUUAUGAGCUAUGCUGAGGCCCUCAACCAACAAUCCCAUGUUGGGAAGAACAGCACAGUAACGCGGCGAUAUCAGGCCUCAACGGUGGCAGCCAAGUUCCAACUAUCCCUCAUGGAGCUCAUUGAAAAGAUGGAGAGAGCCAACCCAUAUUUUGUGAGGUGCAUAAAGCCAAACCAAAACAAGGAGCCUGGUGUGUUUGACAUGGAGCUGGUCAAUGCCCAACUUAACUAUUCUGGGAUUUUGGAAACAAUUCGAAUCAGGAGUGACGGCUAUCCAAUCAGAAUGCCAUUUGAUGUCUUCCUUUUCAGAUACAAGUCCCUGCUAGGCCUCAAACAGCCGCCUCCUGCCAGUGGUGAAAACUGUGUCAUCAUGUUGAGGAAGCUUUGUCCUGUUAGACCAGGAGCAUUUCAAGUCGGUGUCAGCAAGUUGUUCAUGAAAGAGGACAUAUACUUCCUGUUGGAGAGCAAGAGGGACAGAGUAAGGCACGUAGCUGCCCUGAUUUUGCAGCGUUACGUCAGGAUGUUCUUUGUGAGAAAACGCUAUACGGCCUUCCGCAUGAAGAUCAUACGGCUGCAGGCCCACUGCCGAGGCUUUCUCACAAGAAAACGGUAUGUGAAAAUGAGAGCUAGCCUGGUGAAAUUCCGCUCUCUGAUCCAUAUGUACGUUGAUCGCAAGAGAUACAUUAAGCUGAGAUACGAGGCCAGGAGAAAGGCAGAAGAGGAGCAAAAGAGAAUAGAAAUGGAGCUGUCUAAACGGGAAGUGGUCAACGUCACACAUCUGGUCAUUCCAGCAGAACUCGGAGCAUUGCUGCAGGCAGCCGCUGGUAGAGAGCUCCAUUCUGAUUGUUUGGCUUUAGUCCAGGCUCCCACAGUUCAGGUGGAGUCACAGCUCACGCUACCUCUUGACAUCAACAACUACACUAUUUCCAAAUUUGUCCAGAUUCACUUCAAAGAGGCAAAGUUUGGAAUGUUAACUGCACCUUUAAAGACACCACUAACCCACAUCGAUGACGAUCUUAUACAUGACGCUCUAGAUGUCUUUAUCAUGAUCUUGAGGUUUAUGGGUGACCCACAUCUAAAUGGUGCUCAGGAGAAUUUAUUUGGAAACUACAUCAUCCAGAAGGGGCUUACCAACCCUGGUUUGCGGGAUGAAAUCUUAUGUCAAAUUGCCAAUCAGGUUUGGAGAAACACCAAUCCAGAUAACUCAGAGAGAGGCUGGCUGCUGCUGCUAGCCUGCCUGAGUGCAUUUGCACCAUCGGCCAAAAUGGAGAAAUACCUUCUGAAGUUUGUCUCAGAUCAUGCCUAUAAUGGAUUCAAAGCUGUUGGCCAACACAAGCUCAUUCAAGCCAUGCAGAAGUCCCUGUAUGGACCGGAGGCUGCGAGGACUUACCCAUUGUCCCUUCUGGAAUGGACAGCCAAUAGGAAGAAAGCAAACAUGGUUUUGCAGGUGCACUGUUUUGAUGGGACAUCUUUCCUUUGCCCUAUGCACUCCUGGACGAGUGGGGAGGAUUUGGCUGGAGAUAUUCUACAGCAUAGGGGUGUGACGGAGGCCUGGAAGGGGUGUUCUGUUAUCAUGAAGGAGCACGGACAGUGGGCGGAGCUCGCAGGGCAUGAUUAUGUAAUGGACUUGAUCGCAGACAUGGAACUGAUGAGAAAUUUUCCCAAGCAAAAGUCCUACUUCAUCAUCUCCGCUGAGAGUCCCACCAGAACUAGGUCCAAUGCCAGCCUGGCUCUGUUUGGAAGCGGAUUUGAUUCUGAUGAUGACAGCUCACUUCUGCUCCCUCAGACAAUGCCAAGCUCCAGUCUGCCGUACUCAGCUGGAUAUUACAGCCACGAAUCAGACUUCAGUGAGGCACCAACUCAGAAAGGCAUGGACAGAUAUCUCGACAGCCUGUUUGACCCAGUUCUGUCUGAUGGUAAUGGGGAUUUUGAGAAGUCAUCCAGCAUGUCCAGCCGUAUGAAGGGAGCUGGUGGGAUUGGAGGGCAGGAUGGUGACAGAGAGAAGCCCCUCUCCAGCAGGCCUUAUCCCCCCGGACUGCAGCCUGGUGCGGUGCCAGUUCUACCUGUAAUGGGAGGAACAAUGAUGCCACCUAUACCUAUGCCAGCUAUGUCUUCUGUGCCUCAUGCAUACGCCCCUACUGCCGUACCUUCAGUACCCCCAAUGCCAGCUAUGCCUUCUAUGCCACCUUUGCCAGCUAUGCCUAAUGUGCCACCAAUGCCUGAUAUGUCAGGUGUAGAUCCGGCUGUCUUAGCACAGCAGCAGCAAGCCAUCAUCAACCAGCAAGCGAUUAUAUUGACCAAACAAGAAACUGGACCUGUUUCCUACAAACCAACCCCUGCUUCUCCACCACAGAAAUCUUCACAGCGACAGUACAGCCCAACUAGAAGGGAUCCACCAGCGGGAGAUAUGGUGCGAGCCACUAUCUCAAACUCUGAACAUUUAGAGCCAAGUCACAACAUCAAAGACAUUAUCAAGCAGUACCAGACAAACCCUGUAAAACCAACAGAGAUUCCCAGGAGGGAAGCUAAAGUGUUUUUGAAGAAACCAGACCCCCAUGAUGAAGCUAUGAUGAUUCUUAAGGACCAGAUGAGUGCUCCAUCUCCACAGCGAAAGAAAACCUACACUCCAGCCUCUCCCUCGUCAUCUGCAAAGGAGUAUGAUUAUGAUGGAGAGGCACUGAAACCAGCAAAAAGCAUAAAGAUGAAGCGAUCACCUCCUGUGCCAGCUGUUAGUCAGAGAUUCCCGGCCGCUGCACCUGUAUCUAGAGAACUUCCAGUAGAAGAGGAGAAUCUUCAGACUCAGCUGCACAAGAGGAGCAGUGAAGAGCACUACACCUACACCAAUGUACCAUGGAAGAUCUACCUGAGGAAAGAGGUUUUUUAUCCGAAAGACAGCUUCAACCACCCGCUGAUGCUAGACCUCUUGUUCAAGCAGAUUGUCCAUGACACAUUCUCAGAGGCUUGCAUUCGCAUUACAACAGAAGAAAGGCAGAAGAUGAAAUCCCUUUUUGCGGAGCACAACAUUGACAUGAAUGCCACAAUCCAGGAUGAGAAUGUGAAGAAGAAGAUUGUUGUUGCUGCAAGAGACACCUGGGAGAUCUACUUCUCACGCCUCUUCCCAGCAUCUGGCAGUGUUGGCACAGGGGUCCAGGUGCUGUCUGUAUCUCAUAGAGGGAUCAAGCUUGUGAAAAUGGUCAGGAGCAGUGCGGUAGCCCCAGACUACUUCAGAGUUCUGCGACCCUACAGCUACACAGACAUCAUGUUCGUCACCAUUCCUUCCAAAAACAUGCUGGAGUUCAACCUCACCAAUGAGAAACUGAUUCUGUUCUCUGCCAAAGCUCCUCAGGUCAAAACCAUGAUUGACUACUUUAUCACAGAGCUGAAAAAGGACUCAGACUAUGUCGUUGCUGUGCGUAAUUACAUUACAGAUGACAGAACGCUGUUGAGUUUCCACAAGGGAGACAUCAUACGCUUGCAGAAAAUGGAAGGCCUAGAUGCAGGCCAGUGUUAUGGUUGCAUAGUGAAAAAGAAGGUGAUUCUCCUGGAGGAAUUAAAAAGAGACACACCUGAUUUUGGCUGGAAGUUUGGGGCCAUUCAUGGGCGAUCUGGGGUUUUUCCUGUGGAGUUUGUUCAGCCAGUGGCUGCUCCUGACUUUAUUAACAUUCCUGUGGACAAGAAAGAGGAACCCAAGAAUAAGCAGGGUCGCGUGGCCGCAUCAGCAGCUGUGGCUGUGGCUGUAGGGUCUGCUGCCGCAGCCCAUGAACUCGACCGGUCAAUUGAGGUGGCGUCUCCUGUCAGUGAGUAUGCGGAGGCCUACACAGACAGCACUGAUAUGGACAUCGAUGAGAGAAUCUUGCAAGACAGCCAAUACAACAUGGUGGAAUUUGCAAAGAAAUAUUUCAGAGGGGCCCAGAGAAAAAAUGGUGAUUCAUAUAAGAAAAAGUCAAAGAAAACAAAGGAAUCUAGGGAGCCAUCAGAAAUGGUGAAAUUUUCCAAGUCUCCAAUUCAAGAGUCCCUAAUCGAGUUCACUGAUGAAAACAUGAACAAAGUAGCUGCAGAUAUUUUUCUUGCUAUAAUGAAGUUUAUGGGAGACUACCCUAUGAAAGGCCAGACUGAGCAGGAGGUCAUCAGCACCAUCCUAAGGCUGAGUGGCGAGUAUGGACUAAUGAGAGAUGAAGCGUACUGCCAAGUCCUCAAGCAGAUCAGUGGGAACACCAGCUCCAAGACGGAGAGUUGUCAGAGGGGCUGGAGGCUGCUGUACAUCCUCACUGCGUACUACAAGUGUUCAGAGGCACUCAAACCUUACCUGCUGAAGUACCUCCAAGACGUCUGUGCAAGUCCAGGGGUGCACUUUCAGGGAAUUGCCAAGUCUUGUGAGCAGAACCUAAGGAAGACGUUUCAAUAUGGUGGACGCGCUGAACAUCCUAAUGGGAUGGAAUUGAAAGCUAUGCUGGCUGGAAGGAGUUCCAAACGGCAGUUGUUUCUUCUUCCUGGUGGAAUUGAACGCCACCUAAAGAUCAAAACCUGCUCAGUGUCUUUGGAUGCCAUUGAAGAGCUGUGCUAUGAGAUGGGUCUGCAUAAACUUGAGGCCUUGGAUGAGUAUGCUGUAUUUGUGGUCACAAACAGAGGUCAGAAUGUCCGCCCUCUAAACAAAAGGGAGUACAUCUUGGAUGUUGCUACAGAAGCUGAGCAUGUUGAUAGCAACUACAGUCUGUGGUUUCGAAGAGUGAUCUGGACGCAGCCACUAAAGUUUGACAGUGAGCUCGGAGUCACUAUGCAUUACAAUCAGGUGUCCCCUGACUACUUGAAAGGGCUGCUCAAUGUUGUCCCACAGGGUAAAGCCAGUGAGCAGCAGCUUCAGCAAGUGUCAAAACUGGCAGCUCUUCAACAUCGUGCCAAGGACUUGAUCUACCUGCCCACCUUCCAUGAGGUUCAGGAGUAUAUUCCCACCCAGCUCUUCAGUCUCCAGCGGCACCAGCAAUGGUUAAACAUGGUGACCCAGCACAUGCAGCAGGUGCAGGCCCUCACUCCUCAUCAGGCCAAAGCACAAUUUCUGGGGCUUGUGAGUGCUUAUCCCACGUUUGGCUCGUCAUUCUUCUACAUACAGAGCAGCAGUAAUAGUGCUAUCGACACCCCAUGCAUACUGGCUGUCAAUCAAAAUGGUCUGAACUUUCUAAGAAAAGAUACUCAUGAGCCGAUGGUGAAGUUUCCGCUGAAGGAGGUCCAGUCCACCCGUACACAGAGGCCCACAGCUGGCUCCAGUUACCCGUAUGUGGAGAUAAUGCUGGGUGACCUAAUGUCUCAACGCAUUACACAGUUACAGCUGGACCAGAGUCUUGAGCUGUGCCGUGUUAUCGCCACGCAUAUGGAGAACCUGCUGUCAGUACGAGAGAAGAGACUUACUCUGCCGCCCAGUGAAAUCACUCUGCUCUAGCACCCUUUCUAUUAUUACUUUUAUGGCAAUAAUUGC